CUGUCCCAGGCCUCAGGGAGAACCAAAUAGUCCCGGAAUAGUCAACUAAGUGAGUAUCCGUAACAGUCACGCAAGGUUUGAAGACAGGUAGAGGUUGCUAUCAGGACACUGGAGGGAUACGUGAUUGGUGUAGAGUGGGCAGGAAUUAGGGUUGGCUUCCCAGGGAGUGUGAGUGUGUACUUGGGGUGUUUAGGCCAGGCCAUGGCUGAAUGCAGAGAGGAGCUGGUCAGCAGUCUUUCGUCCCAGACUUGUCUCUGGGCCAGAGCUCUCCCAUGUACAGGUUUGAGAGCCGCUCUGGGUCUGAGGCCUCCACCUUCCUCGGGGCACCCUGUCCCCUGAGCACUCUGCUCUUUGGGCUCCUUUAUAUCAGAGAAGGGGGCAAAGAUCUAAUUCCCAGGCCGUCCACAGAAGCACACCCACCGGAAUCACAGGAGGGCAACUGGAUUUCAGAGAGUUCACACUUCAGGAGGGCGCGGUGUAGACGAACCUUCCCUUGAAUCUCUCCCAUCAUCCCACCUCUCCCUCCCCACAGAUGCCAUCCUUGGGGGCACGCUCCACUGGAUCUGCUGGUGCUUGAAGCUGGACAUGCUUUCCCCUGGUCAAGGCUGUCCAGAGACAGAGGGGGUGGCCUUUUUGGAUGGUGACCUCCUUAUCCCCUCCGCCACCCCUUGGCCAGGUUGGCGGACCUCAUGGAACAGCAGCAGGAAGAACUGGCCACCGUGAAGGCUCUGGAUGCAGGCACUGCCUUCACACUGGCCCUGAAGACCCACGUGGGCACGUCCAUCCAGACCUUCCGCUACUUUGCUGGCUGGUGCGACAAAAUUCAGGGCUCCACCAUCCCCAUCCACCAGGCCAGACCAAGCCACAACCCGGCCUUGACCGGGAAGGAGCCUAUUGGGGUCUGUGGCAUCGUUAUCCCCUGGAACUACCCCCUGAUGAUGCUCUUCUGGAAGACGGCCGCCUGCCUGGCUGCUGGGAACACAGUGGCGAUCAAGCCUGCCCGGGUGACUCCACUCACAGCCUUGAAGUUUACAGAUUUGACCUUGAAGGCUGACAUGGCCAAGGGCGUAGUCAACAUCCUCCUCGGAUCUGAGCAGAAAGAAGAUGUCUACAAAGGUUUCUACAAGUGCACCCAUGGUCCACCUUCAGCUUCACUGUCCUGCGACGCCCUCACAACCCUGUUUCUGGUGAGUCUAUCGGGGGCAUUGCUCAACUGUACCUGUCUCAGCCCCUCCAGUCCUCCACCCUGCAGUCCGGUCCUCCCACUGCUGCCACACUGAGGGGCGCGCAGCACGAACAAGCUGAACUCAUCUUCAAGAUUCCCAUGUGGAGCUGAAGUGUCUGACUUUGCGAAGUGGUUAUAGACAUCACUUCCAUUUCAGGAAAACGACUCCUUGCAGGAAAGGGUCAGGGUUAAUUUUGGAAAAACACAAAAAAUAAAAACAAAAAAACUUCCCAAAGAUAUGUUUUACUUAGCCCAUAAUGAAUGGGCUCCCCCAUCUUUGGGGCCAGACUGAUGGAAUAUUGGGGAAAGUGUUCUGGGAGGGACCUAUCUGGGUUGAAAUGACUGAUCCAUACAUUGAGAGGUACAAGGAUAUUCCCCUCAUCCUGUCUAAUUGGGGUGAUCUGAAAAGUCAACUUACUCCAGCCAUUCUGUGUCGCUGUGUUCUCCAGUGUAAGUGAAGAUGCUGGUUUUGCCUAAAGAGAGGAAGAACUAACCUGUCAGGAAACAAGCACAUGGGGCAUGCUCCCCAGAAAAGGCUGGACUAGGGAUGGAAAUGGCCUUGGGUGUAUGUCUGAAGGAAGAACAUGAGACCCCAGAUCCUGUAAUUAAUAGUGAGUGUUCCACAUCUCCUAUGGAGUGCCAAGGUGAAUGUCAGAGGACCCCACUCCUGUCCCAAGUUUAUGCAGAGAGAGGGAGGGACUGGCCUUGAGGUUGCCAGAUGAGCUGACCACCAGCACAUUCCUCUGUGACUCCACUGUGGUGGUGGGCAUGAGGCAAAGGUCAUUCCCAAGCAGGCAUUCGGGAAGUGUGGCUAGAGUGGAUGUGUCAUGUCUCACACAAGUCAGCGCACCAGUUCAGGUCUCACUCCUCUAUCUGACCUGGCUCCCUUUGGCAGGUAUUGGGGGGGAUGAUAUUUAGGCUAAAGACACCAGUAAGAGGAGCCAAUUUGAUGUAAGCUUUGAGCAAGCCCAACAUCAAUGACAACCAUCCCAUUAAAACCCAUCAUUGCCUACUUCCACUAGAAUAAACUAAACUUCUCAAAUGCCCUCAAUACACAGAACACACUUUUCCUCAAUAAUUCCCACUCUCAACCAGACUUUUGGUCUUUACAAGUACUUAUCCUUCCAUCUUUGGAAAUACAUUUGGCAAACGAUGUGUUUUAGCUACCCUAUGCACUCAUCGUUGCCUGGAGAGAAGAAAGCCACGAUGAUGUGACUUUCCACACAGGUUGCCCUGUAUCUUCCCAGCUGUGUCUGGCCAGGGCUCACUUUACUCCUUCUGCUUUGGGCACAGAACUGGGGCUGCAUUUGCUAGUCACAGUCUUAUUGACCCACCACUUGCUAACACACCAGAUUUAAGAACAUCCAGAGUCUUAUGACACACCCCAAAUAUGAAAGAUGAAUAAUUAAGAACACUCGCCAAAUAAACCCCAGAGAAAUGUCAUCUUGAAUAUGUCACAUGAUUCACAGACCCUCAAAGCCAAUGAUGACCUAGGAGUUAGGAUUCCCAAUGGAUUUGAAAGGAGACAUCGUUAAAAAAAUGUUUUAGCGAGCAAUUACAAAUGUGUUUGAAACAAAUGAGAAUAAGUCUCAGGAAAGGAAGAAAGGUGUAAAGAAGUACAUAAUCAACAACUACAACUGAAAAGUAUAAUGACUACAAUUUUUAAAACACACACACACACACACACACACAGACACCACAAAGAAUAAAACCUAAUAUUUAUG